GAAAUUGAUUUGCGGGUAGUUUUGUUACAAGUCUCAUUUUUUUGCUCCUGGAUUUCGUCAAUUUCCAGAUAGAUGAUUCUAUGAAUGUUGCUGAGAAUCAUAUAUUAGAUAGGCCAUCUUGGACAUGGGAAUCCAGAAUAUUUUAUGGCAAGUGGCAAAGAAAGCAUUCACUGGAAGUAUUAUAGGGCUUACCAUUUCAGAUAGAUGUUGUAGCGUUGUUCCGGUGAGAGGGGAUUCCAUGUCUCCCACAUUCAAUCCCCAGCGGAAUUCUCAUUUAGAUGAUUAUGUACUCGUGGACAAAUUUUGCCUUAAGGAUUACAAGUUUGCGCGUGGUGAUGUUGUAGUGUUCAGCUCUCCGACAAAUUUCGGGGAUAGAUACAUAAAGAGGAUCGUCGGGAUGCCUGGCGAAUGGAUAAGUAGUUCUCGGGAUGUGAUCAGAGUCCCAGAAGGUCAUUGUUGGGUAGAAGGAGAUAACAAAACUUCCAGCUUGGACUCAAGAACCUUUGGCCCUAUUCCUUUGGGUUUAAUUCAAGGAAGGGUCACUCGUGUCUUGUGGCCUCCUCAAAGAAUAAGCAAGAUUGGUCAAUAAAGCUAAUGGAGAAGAAGAAGAAGAAUGAAAAAGGUAUUGUUUCUUUCUCUUCCAAAUGAAUACUCCCUUCCUCAAGAUUCUCUGUUGAGACAUCCGCUUCAUACCAAAGAAUGGUUUAUAAGAAAGAUUGAAAGGUCGU